CGCCGCCCGGAGCGCUUGGCGGUCAACGUCCCGGGUAACCGGUGUAACGUUUGCGGGCGCUUUAAAUCACAUCCGGUGGGGGUUGAUCUGCUGGUUAGACAGUGAGAGGUGUGUGUGUGUGUGUGUGUGUCUUUACACAAGUCAGGACAGUGUUACACUGCUCUCUGUUCCCAUGGAAACUGUAAACAAACAGGAGGCAGUGAGUGAGGGAGUGAGGGAUGGGGUGGAGGAGAUGAAACAGACUCCAGGGUUUGUACCCCUAAACCCUCUGCAAAAGUGGUCAGACCUUCGCGGACCAUGGCAGCAGAAAGGAGGCAAGAUCUACCCUUAACCAGCUCGGGAGUCGGGCUGCGCUACACCCCAGCGAGAUACUUCCCUCCGUCUGACUUCAGAGCGCUGGUCAGAGAUCCCCUUCGGUCCGAUCUGAGGGUCGUGGACAAGAUUUCUUCCUUCGAUGAGGUCUUCAAUCACUUCGAGACCACCACAGGCUCCACGCACAACAACAAGACCCUGCACAGUGUGCUCGACCACCCCAAGCACAAGAAAGGAGCCACACUCGUGAAGGUCCAUUACAUCAAGGACUUGUCUGAGAAGCUGAAAGCCCGUUCCUGGGGAUCCCCGUUGGCGAUGGGGAACCAGACCAGCGAAAUGAAGGACAAGUUUGCAGGACAAUUGCCCCAGUCCAUGCACACGGCCUUCGAAGGUGGACCCCAGCCCUUCGGCCUCGCCAACCACCACACCAACGGACCCAGCAAGAACAUCAUCGCCAGCACAGAGAACCCUCGGCGGGCGGGGGAGGAGUUCUACGUGAAUGAUAAGGAUGUCUUGCGUCUGAACGAGCCCUACAUGUCCGUCACCACCAAGGAUUUCCGCCCAUAUAAAAGGUACCUCUCCUUUGUUUGUUCCCACGCGGAUCGAUUUCAAUAUCCUUUCACCGAUCACUUCGCGCCUGCGAAGGAUCUGGAAGGAGUUGCCAAGAAGGACAUUGCCACGUAUUGGCAGACGGAAGACUACCCUAAGGCUUGGGGUCACGGGCUGAAGGAAAACCCUCUUCCCAAGGAUUCCCAGAGGAUUCUCCGGGAGACUUGGCCAAUGCGAGAUGCCAUGCAGUUCCCCAAUCCCACCCGACUGACUCGCCUGCCCGCACGCCUGGUCCCGGUGCCCAACUUCGGCCUCAGAACCCUCUGCCAGGACUCUUACCAGCCGCCCCGGGACGUCAAACACCGUCAGGACGUGAUGUGCCCCCUCUCGGCCCCCUGGGUCCUCCCGCUGGAGGGUCCCGUCCCCGAAAUCAUGUCGACCCCCAAAAUGUACGAGAGCGAGUACCAGACGUAUGGCAGCGGCUAUCCGGUUACUGUGUAA